AACGAGAAGAGCACAGAGGACUAGGGCUAGUCCCUUUACAUUCGGUUGAUGUAAAAAUGUGUCUCCCAUUUUCCUGAAAAAAUAUUUGAAAACAAUGCAUUCCCCACUAACUAGACUUUUGACCAGUAAGUUAAAGCAUAGGAGUUUCUUAUGUAAAGGUCACAAGGAAGCACUUGGAAUUUUGUCCGCUUACAGACAUCUGUCAAAGUCGAACAACAAGACACCAUCAUGGCAGGAAGGUUUGGAAGAAGAUGAUCACCCAGAUACUCUAGAAGUCCUCAAAAGUCUCCGAGCUAAGCAUCAUUACCAUGGAAAGGCAGUGGAUGACCCUAAGAAACAUGGAGUGAUGGUGAUUGAGCCCGAUUACAAGUGGGGAAGACACAGGUUUAAGAAGGCCACUGCUGAGCACAGAUUGGAGGAAGCAUGUGGACUCGUGCAAGCGAUUAGUAACUGGGCCGUGAACACUAGUGCUAUUGAGCCUAUCCGUAAAGUGGACACUAAAAGUUUUUUCGGUAAAGGCAAAAUAGAGGAACUUCAAGAAAGAAUAAGUCAAGCCAAGCAAAUUGAAGAAAAUACUUUAGAUGCUGUUUAUUUGGAUGUGGGACAGCUAACGCCUCGUCAGCAUAAAGAACUAGAGGCGUUUUGGGAUGUGAAAGUAUUUGAUAGGUUUGGGAUUGUGCUUCAGAUAUUCAAGGAGAGGGCUCAAACAGCUGAAGCAAAGAUACAAGUGGAGCUUGCAGAAAUACCGUACAUAAGAUCCCGCCUUGUUGGGGAUGAUUCUGUUGAGUUUGAUCAGCAGAGGGGUGGAACACAUUUUAUAAGUGGCAGUGGAGAAACACAACUAGAGAGAGAAAGAAGAGUCCUGACUGGAAGAGAGCUGAAGCUCAAAAAGAAGCUGGAAGCAUUACGCAAACACAGAGAGCAUGUACGACACGAGAGGCAAAAGAGACACAUUCCUGUUGUGUCAGUUGUUGGCUACACCAACGCUGGCAAGACCACCCUUAUCAAGUCGCUGACAGGGGACAACAAGAUGCAGCCUGACAACAAGUUGUUUGCCACGCUAGACGUGACAGCCCACCCCGGCAAGCUUCCUAGUGGGAUGCAAGUACUCUUUGUCGACACUGUGGGAUUCGUGUCAGACUUGCCCCCUGAGCUGGUAGAAUCAUUCUCUGCAACUCUAGAAGACAUGGUGGACUCUGAUCUUGUGGUUCAUGUCCGUGAUGUGUGCCACCCUGAACAGGAGGCUCAGAAUGAAGAUGUCCUCUCUGUGCUUCAGCAGCUUAAACUCCGACCUGCACUCAUGAAAACCAUUAUUAAUGUAUACAACAAGAUUGAUAAAUGCUCAGCAGAGCAUCUUCAGGACACCGUGUCUCAUAUGCACACAUGUGAAGUCCAGAUAUCUGCUCUCCAUGGAAUGGGACUGGAUUUACUCCGUAAACACAUAGAGGAAGGGAUCAUGAAGUCAACUGGAAGAAUGAUCAAGAGGGUUGUGAUACCCCCAGAUGGUCCUCAACUAAGUUGGCUGUACCAUGAGGCAACAGUGCACGAAACGGUAGCUGAUGAAGAUGGUUUUAUUACUGCAACAGUGAUCAUCGAUGAGGCUACAAACAAUAAAUUUGAAAAGAAGUUUGGAAAAUUACUCCAUUAAUAUGUGAAGUUAUAAAGGAAUUAGGUAUUUAUAAAAGUAAUAUGAUAAUCUAAUCUGUGAUUAGGCAACCCUGAUGUACAUAAACAAAGCUUCACUUGCUAAUGCUGAAAAAUAUUUUAUACAACUUAAAAUAAGACUAAUUACUAGGUAGCAAAAACUGCUUUUAGAACAGAACCUUGUUUCAGCUUUGUCAAGGCAGCUUGGUAGUCAGUUAGCUUAAAAACAGAUAUCCCAAGUUUUUCAUAAUCCAAAUACUCUGACAUGUCUCUCACUAACUCAACCGAAUGUAAAAAAGAAAAUGGAUUCAUAGAAGACCCCAAAAUCUGGA